UACAGAACCGACGCAUUUACUUAUCUAAUACGAUAGACUAAAUACCAAAUUCCAGGAUUUCUUUAACAAACAUUGAAAACCUACAGUGCUAAUUGUCGCAUAUUUUGUAAGAUAACUGCAAGCCAGUUACAAAGGUGUUACAGGGCACUUCCGCUGUCAGAUGACACGUGGUACAACACUCUAAGAUGGCUGUGGGCAUGGAUGUUGUUUUGGCCGGCUGCACUCUCAUAUUCGCUGUUUAUUCGGUAACUGCAGAACUACCACGUAAAAAAUUUGAAUAUAAGCUCAGUUUAAAGGGGCCGCAUCUUAUACAGAGUGAUGGGUCAAUUCCUUUUUGGACGCACGGUGGAAAUGCAAUUGCUAGUGACCAGUCUAUAAGAGUAACUCCAUCUCUUCGAAGUCAAAAAGGGUGGGUGUGGUCUAAGAAUACCAACCCCCAUGAGCAUUGGGAGGUUGAGGCUACCUUCAGGAUAUCGGGCAGAGGAAGAGUUGGAGCUGAUGGACUGGCCAUAUGGUAUACCACACAACAAGGAAUGGAUGGACCAGUGUUUGGUGGAAAAGACCAGUGGAAUGGUCUCGGAGUAUUCUUUGACUCAUUUGAUAAUGAUGGCCAACACAACAACCCCUAUGUUAUGGUGAUGUUGAAUGAUGGCACUAAACAAUACGAUCAUAAUAGUGAUGGUCAGCACCAGCAACUAGGAGGCUGCCUCAGGGAUUUUAGAAACAAACCUUUCCCUGUAAAAGCUAAAAUUGAAUACUACAAGAAUGCCCUUACACUUUCCAUCCAUAAUGGUAUGACCAACAAUAAGGAUGAUUAUGAAAUCUGUGUCAGGGCAGAGAAUGUAAAUCUUCCAAGGAAUGGGUACUUUGGUGUCUCAGCAGCCACAGGUGGACUAGCAGGAGCUGUUGAUGAUCAUGACUUGGUGUCAUUUAUCACCCACUCCAUGACAGUGCCAGUGACAGGGGCACAACCAGAAGGAAAGGUAUCUCCAGAAGACAAGAAAAAGUUUGAAACUGAAUUUGAUGAGUACUGGGAGAAAUUACAGAAGGCACAAGAAGAAUACAAACAACAGCACCCAGAUAAAGCCAGGGAAAUGGAGGAGUCACAAGCGUAUGAGGGUGCUUAUGAGAGAGAACUGCGCAUGAUAUUUGAGGGUCAGAAUGGCAUCCACAGAGUUAUGAAUGAGCUGCACAGAAAGGUGGAUGAACUGAUAGGAAGACAGGCCUCUAUCGAGUCCCAGUUGUCAGCUAGGGUAGGGACACCCCAGUACCAACAGCAGGGACAGCCUGCCCAGCUCCCAGCCUCAGAUGGUAUGAGAAGACACGAGGUAGACUCUCUACUCAAUAGUCAGAGGGAUGUCAGUAACAUGAUCAACGAUGUCAAGUUUUUAGUAAGUGAUAUACAGAAGAGGUCUGCACAGGCACAGGGUCCAGGUGGAGGAGACCCCUUUGCUUCCCAGCAACUCCUACACCAAAUCAGAGAUAACAUGAAUGAGCUAAAAACUGAUUUACUUUCAAGGCCUAACCAGGGUUGUCCACCAGUCCAGGGCGGCUCCUGUCUAACACCAGCCUACUUUUUUAUAUUCAUGGGUGCUCAGUUAGCAAUGAUGAUAGGAUAUAUUGUUUAUAGAAACAGCAAAGAGGCAGCAGCCAAAAAGUUCUAUUAAUAUAUUUGAAGCCCUUUGUUAAAAACAAAUAAAUAAAAAAGAAGAAAAAACAAAUUAUGAUCAGCCUACAGCUGAAUGCUUCCCAUCGAGACACCCGUUGCAAUUAAGUACCAAAUAAUAUGUUUGCAAAAAUAGUUGGAGAGAAAUUUUAAGUUUGAAAGUAAUAAAGCUUUGUGGUUGUCAGUUGUCUGUGGUUAACAGCUUCAAAUGUUCAAUGUGAAUUUGGCAUGAGUACCUACACAAAGAGUAUGCAUGCAAUUAUACUUAUGAGAAAAGUAUGGCCUUCAUUACUGUACAUUAACUUGCUUUAUGGUUUAUGAAUUUGCUCACCAUUGUAUUUUUUUUCAUAAGAGUCCAUUUGCAUAUGAAGUGAAAAUGGAUAUCAAGUUUUAAUAUACUAUAUUAGGAAAGUAUGAAAAUAACCUCGACUUGACCUGCUGAAGUAAUAAAUGCUGCAGAUUGACCUUAAAGUAUAGUGUCCAUAUCCCAUGGGAACACCAAACGUUUCCUGUGAAACAAAGCCAAAAAUGGAGGGGGGGGGGGGGGGAUAUAAUGUCAUACUCAUUGUUGGAGAACAUACAUUUAAAAUACAUCAUUGAUAUCAUUUAGUAAAAGUAUAGAAAAAAUUAAAGGAUGAAUAAUUGGCAUAAUUAAUGUUUUGAUUUUUCAUAGGUACUCCCUGAAACUUUAUUCAGCAUUUCACUGUGCUUGUUUUCGGUAGUAUUUAAGCUUAAUUAACUUUGUGAAAGCAAAUUAAGUAUCCAUGGUAGAAUCCCAUGUGUGAUCAUCUUGUGUUUUUGUAGCUCAUUUUUGUCCAUUUUAUCAUUGCCAGCUUGCAGGACUUAAUUUAAACACAUUUUGUAAAAAUGUAUGGAUGAUCACAUUUCUAGUCAGUUUCAGUAGCUUGAUGUUUUUUAGCUUCAUUGCUAUGAUGCUGUAUUGAUAAAGUUCAUGUUAAAGACACGAAUGAAAUGGUAGUCUUCUCUCAGGCAGUUAAAACAUAUAAUAGUUGAAAGACGAUGAAUUAUAAGGGUAGUGGGUAUUUUUUUUUAUUUAGUUACCAUAAAGUUGUUUUUUUCUUCCUAUGAAGUAAGAAACGGCUUUAUCAGUAUAUGCCUGACUGUUAGUCAUGAAAUGAUAUGUUGUCAGAUAUUUCCAGUAUGGUAUUAAGAUAUUAAUAUGUAAGAUAAUUUAUAUGAUAAUUAGGUAGACAUUUAGCUUUUUGUAUUUGAUUGGCAAAUAUUGUAUUUUAAAUAGAUUUCUAGGGGCCAAGGUGUUUUAUUGUGUUUGAAGGCAGAGACUAUGCUUUCUUGCCUGUGCUGAUGUUCAGCAGAUUGUACGAAGCCAGCGACCAGUAUCAAUAAUUUGUAGUCAAAGGGGUGUGGCAAUGUUUAAUUUUAAGAAAGUUUAUGUAUUUUGUUUUUCCUUUAGUGUUUGAUUCUUCACUUGCCAUAAUUCAAGGUGCAAGGCCUCUGGUGCUUUGUUAUAUGUUCAUGUCACGUUUUGUUUGUUUAGAUUGGUUCAGUAUGUUAUUUGUUUAACUAUAUAAGAGAAUUUUAGUUUUGUUCGAUACCAUUGAACAAAGAAAUGUCUUGUGCAUUUUAGAAUUCUUUGUGAAAUUUUAUGGAGAUGAUCGAAAAAGAUAUCUAGUAUGAUAUAUUCGUUAUCACUCAAGACAACUUCAUAAGCCUACUAGAUUUUGAUAGAACCAUGCAUAACUGCGUCUCAUCAGGAAAAUGUUGGUGUAAAAAAGGGUGCUACCCCGGAAGUAGUAGUAUGGCCACUCAUUCCCAUUCUGAAUCAGUAAAAUUCAGUGUACUUGUUGUUUAGACACUAUACAAAGUUAUAUUAAUAGGAACCAGUAGGAUUUUCUAGUAACAGUUAUACUCAUUAAGGUUAAGGGAUUCCAGUUAAGACUGUCACAAUAUUUUUUUAAUAAAUGAUCAAUUUACAAAAUA